GGGAGGAGAAACAGACUAGAGAGAGAGGUUAAGACUAAACUCACAACUUCUACUUAAAUACAACAGCCACAAGACAGAAUACUGAAAUACUGAAAACCAACACGUCCAGCUGCUACUGAUCUGCAAACAGACCAUUCAACUCCAAGACACAUUUCCAACAGAGGUAGGAAACCACACCGGACUUUCUUCAAGUUUGCCUGCUGUGUUUUAAUCUUCACUUGGAAGGACAAUGUCUGCCCAGUCAGAGGACGAUCUCUCCUGUCCAGUCUGCCAGGAUAUUUUCAAAAAUCCUGUCGUCCUGUCGUGCAGCCACAGCUUCUGUAAAGACUGUCUGCAGAGAUGGUGGAGAGAGAAACCUUUGCAGGAGUGUCCAGUUUGUAAGAGGAGAUCAUCAAAGAGUGAUCCACCUCGUAACUUGGCUUUAAAGAACCUGUGUGAGACUUUCUUACUGCAGAGAGAUCAGAGAGCUUCAGCAGGGUCUGAGCCUCUCUGCAGUCUGCACUCUGAGAAACUCAAACUCUUCUGUCUGGACCAUCAGCAGCCAGUGUGUGUCGUCUGCAGAGAUUCAGAAAAACACACCAACCACAGAUUCAGACCCAUCGAUGAAGCUGCUCGACAACACAAGAAGGAACUUCAGGAAACUCUGGAGCCCUUAAAGAAGAAGUUAAAGUGUUGUAAACAAGUUAAAGAGGAGUUUGAUCAAACAGCAGAACACAUUAAGGUCCAGGCCCAACACACAGAGAGGCAGAUUAAGGAGCAGUUUAAGAAGCUUCACCAGUUUCUAGAGGAGGAAGAGGAGGCCAGGAUCACUGCUCUGAGGGAGGAAGAGGAGCAGAAGAGUCAGAUGAUGAAGGAGAAGAUGGAGGCUCUGAGCAGAGAGAUAGCAGCUCUGUCACACACAGUCAGAGCCACAGAGGACGAGCUGAGAGCUGAAGACGUCUCAUUCCUGAGGAACUACAAGGUUACAGUGGAAAGAGUCCAGCAGCGCCCCCUGCUGGAUGAUCCACAGCUGCACUCAGGAGCUCUGAUUGAUGUGGCUGAACAUCUGGGCAACCUGACCUUCAACAUCUGGGAAAAGAUGAAGGACAUGGUCUCCUACAGUCCUGUGAUUCUGGACCCAAACACUGCUCAUCCAGAAUUCAUCCUGUCUGAGGAUCUGACCAGUGUGAGACGUGGACAGAGACAGAAGCUUCCUGACAAUCCAGAGAGGUUUGAUAACUCCCUCAUUGUCCUGAGCUCUGAGGGUUUUGACUCAGGGACUCACAGCUGGGACGUUGAUGUUGGAGACAAUAAAUUUUGGUUUUUGGGAGUGGCUACAGAGUCUGUGAAGAGGUCUGAAAUAUGGAGAAUAGGGUUGUCUAAUGGUAAAUAUGAAGCCUUCUCCCCAUCAGCACAACCAGUCGUUCUCUCAGUGAAGGAGAAACUUCAGAAGAUCAGAGUUGAGUUUGACUGUGAUGGGAGAAAACUGUCUUUCUCUGAUCUCGAUGCUGAUGAGCACAUUUACACCUUCAAAUGCAUUUGUGCAAAGAAGUUGUUUCCACUCAUUGUCAAUGGAGAUGAAUUCCCCAUUCAGAUUUUACCAGUGGAGGAUGAGGAUGAUGACAGCGACAAUGACAGCGACAAUGACAGCGACAAUGACAGCGACAAUGACAGCGACAAUGAUGAGGACGACAAUGAUGACAGUUGCGAUGAAGACGACAAAUUGUUUCAAAUGCUACCACCUGAUUUCGUCCUAUCGGGUUAUAGAAGAAAAUAACAAUAAUCUAACUGAAUCUGACUUUAUCUAAUGUCAUUUCAGUGUAUCUGUAUCACAAUGAUUACUCUAGUAGCAGCAGUGAAAUAAACCGAGAGCAGGAAAAACGUGAGAUGAACAUGAAACAACUCUGACGAUGAUCCUGUCUGUAAAAGUAGAAUCAUUUUAAUUCUGAUCUCAGUCAUUUUAUCUUAUUUUGUUUUGAAAUUUUUUGUGAUGCUGGUGAUUUAGGAACUGAAGUUGUCUCAGUUUUUAUUCUUGUUGUAAAUUUCUCUGAACAAGAAAAUCUAAAUGUAAAAUUGUAAAUUACUGAUGAUGCACGUUAGCAGAUUAAUGUCUUGAGGAAAUAUGAAAACAUUUCCAACAUACAGAUGAUCCUGUAUGAGACAGAGUAAGAGACACUUUAUUUUGGUGAUUCAGGAACUGAUAUGACAAAAUAUCUUAUAUUUUUAUUUGCUCUUUAUUUUAAUAUUUUAAUAUUUACUCUUGAUAGUCCUGAUUUUUUAGCCUCACUCCUGUUGUUUCUUUAUUGAUCCUUGUUAUAUACUGUAGGUUGCUUGUGUAUUUUUGAAAGGAUUUCUUCCUCCUCUUUGGCGCCCCCUCCAGUUGGUCUAAAUGUCUAUAAACAGCCAUUAAUGAUCAUUUUGGGGGUAGAAAUGAUGUAAAGUUGGUGAUUUAGUAAAUGAAUCUGUCACUACUGUUGCUUUCAUUAUAAAUCAAGAAAAUCAGAUACAUGCUCAAAAUGUAAAUUUUAAAUUACUGGAAUAAACUUACUCUCAGUUUCUCCUCCACAUUUCUAUUGGAAUAAGUGUUUUACGGUAUUAUAAAGAGAAGAAGAUAAAUAAUUAAACAUCUGAAUAUUU